CCCACCCCACCCCACCCCUCUGCCCCUCCCCACCUAGAUUCAUCCCACCCUGUCCUACUGGCCCAUGUGCGCCCAGCCUUGAUCCCUGUGCUCGUUUACAUACGAACCUCGAGGCCGCGGUCAGUUCCGCGGGCCCACCCCGGUCGUCAUCCCGGAUUUCUCAUCACUCUCACUCUCGACUUCUCAACUCACUCACUCAUCAGGGUCCUUCUUGGUGCGCCGCCCUCGCACAAGGCCGCAGCCGCAGCAGCUCCCGUCACCCGUCACCCGUCCACCAGACCAGUCUCCCUCCCGUUGGGCACUGCCUAGCCCUGCCCCUGCCCUGCCCUGCCCUGCCCUGCCCUGCCCUGCCAAACCUUCCCUCGGCUUUCCCUUGUUCUCCAUUGACCCGACAGUCGGUUUGUUGCAGACCUGCCUGCAAGUUGUGCCCGCCUGCGAGGACGGUCUGCACUCCCAGUACUACUACUUGGUGUAGAGAGGGAGUGUGUGAGUGUGGGCUUGCUGUUUUGUGCGUGUGCGACCACUGACCCGACCUGUCCUGGUUCGGCAUCGGUACCCAGAUCCUUACAUCUUACCUAUCCCACCUAUUCCACCCACUCACAUUCUUCAUCACUGCUCUGGCUCUACCUCGCUCGCCCUCUCAGCCGCGAAACCUGACAAGCUCCAGGGACACACACACACACCCACUCUCGCCUCACUCUUGUCUCUUUUCUGCCUGCUCUUGGCCCGUUUCUUGUGCCUUUGCUCCUUGGGUUGGAGAUGCGCAGCCACUGACCGAGCAGACCCGCAACCUCGCAUCUCGAAACUCGACUCGGCCUCACUUUUGGCUUUCACACAAUCAGCAGCAGCAGCAUUCGCCCUGAGACCUCGACACACGCAUACACCCACGCAUACACACUCUCACACAUCCUCACUCACCGCCACCGCUUCACCUCACCAGCGACAUCGCCGGCUUGAGCACAUGGCCCUCGCCUGAGCAUCUCCCCCGCCCUGCCCUCUCGGCGUGCAGGUCAAGAUGGCGUCUGUCAUGGCUGGCAGCAAGCGCAGCUUCGCCACCAUGGCCGCCGCCGCCGAUUGGGACGACGCCAACCGACAGCCCCUCUCGAGAAAGCUUAGUCCUUUCCUGAGUCACAUCGUCAACCCCUAUGAGCCGUCUCCUCCAACUCCCGGCGGCUCGCCGUCUAGAGCUUCACGCUCUGCCCCGAGCUCCCCCCCGCACACUCCGGACUUCUCUACUGCUAGGCUUUUCGACUCCGAUGUCUCCCUGGUCCUCACCGGCCUGCGGGGUGCCGGCAAGUCUACCUUGGCCGUCAUUGCCUCCGGCGCCAUGAAACGCAAGGUCGUGGACACCGAGAGGGCCUUCCAGGACAUGACUGGCCUCCCUUCCCCGGUCUUCAAGAAGAAACACGGCCUGACCAGCUACCACAGCCGCCAGGCUGAUGUCCUCGAAGAUCUUUUCCACCGCUGUUCCAAGAAUACCAUCAUCGUGUGCUCGUGGAUGGAGCGCAAUGUCCAAUACCUGCUGCGGGAGUACAGCCACAUACACCCCAUCAUAUACAUUGUCCGAGAUACCCCGGCCAUCAAGCACCACCUCAAGAUACCUGAUGAUGCGAGGCUCAAGACCCUGCUCGACGCCGGUGGCCUCUUCUUCCGGAGGUGCAGCCACUUUGAGUUCUUCAACGUCUCCGAGGACAUGACCAAAAAGAACAAGACCGAUUCGCUCGAUGGCCUGGCAACGGCCCUCGACAAGAGGUCCCCUGCUCCCUACCUCACCCUCAAGAGGGCCGAGAGGCACUUUUUGAAGUUCCUGUCGCUCAUCCUGCCCAAGGGCGCCAUCCCUUUCAUAGAGUCCGCCUUUCCCCUGGCCUCCAUCCCCACCGAGGACAGACAGUUCACCUACGCCGUCUCGGUCCCCCUGUCCUCCCUUUUGGCCAACAAGCUAGACAUCGAAGACAUCGAAACCGGCGCAGACGCUAUCGAGAUUGUGGUCGACGACCUUGUCCUGUCGUCCGCGCCCGGUAUGCUCAAAGAUGGCCUCAGUCCUGAACACGCCAGUGACAUCAGCCGCGCUUUGGCCGAUGUGCGGAGGAAUAUCGUCAUUCCCAUACUCUACCACGUGGUGUUCCCCGAGCAAGCACUCCACGAUCCCGCGUGGAAGUCGCUGUACUUUGCCUACCUACAGCAUGGUUUGCGAUUGGCCGUUGAGUACAUGACGGUCGACUUGCGACUCGAGGAGGAAUUCAUUGCGCAAAUUCACACCUCAAAGGGCCGAUCAAAACUUAUCGGCAAUUUACAAUUAACAGGGGAACCAGCGCCGUCUUGGACGGACCCUUCUUGGCUUCGAGCAUAUCAAAAAGCGCGAGAUCUUGGCUGCGACCUGACUCGACUUUCACGCGUUGCUAGCCACCACCUCGAGAACUUCGAUAUCGGCACCUUGCGCACGAGAAUCGAUGAUCUGGGCGAGCCGAAACUACCCGUUAUUGCGUAUAACACUGGGAGAAAGGGAAAGACGUCCUCUUGUUUCAAUCAAGUGCUUAGCUCGGUUCUCCCCGUCGGAUCAGCUACGAGCGCAGACCGCGACGAUGAGCUGGCCUACCCCUCUCCCUCCAUAACCGCCCUUCAAGCAACGCGAAGCCUCUACUCGUCAUUUGUAUUCGACCCGAUGAAUUUGUACGUGAUCGGCGGCUAUGUGUCCUUCAGUCUGUCCCCAGGGAUGCACAACGCAGCGCUGAAGGCCCUUGGCAUACCCCACCAUUACCGGCCGCACAGCACCUCGUCCAUCCGGAGCCUGCAGGAGGUUGUGAUGGACCCAUACUUCGCUGGCGCCUCAAUCAGCCUCCCUUUCAAAGUUGAGAUCAUCAGCAUCACGCACUCCUUGAGCAAGCAUGCAAAGGCAAUUGGGGCGGUUAACACCCUGAUACCGAUCCGAGCGCUGAACGAAGACGGAACUGUCCCGGAGGACGCCCGUCUCUUCCAGUGCCGCAACCGGGCGGGUCCAAUCAAGGCAUUGUACGGGGAGAACACAGAUUGGAUUGGCAUUAGGGCGUGUAUACGCCGCGGCCUCUCGCCCGCCAAUGCCGUAAGGUCCACCAGCUGUGGUCUUGUCGUGGGGGCGGGCGGUAUGGCAAGAGCCGCUACGUACGCGAUGCUCCAGAUGGGGGUGAAGAAUAUCUGUGUACUAAACCGCACUUACUCGAACGCGGAAAAGCUUGUCGAACAUUUCACAAAACUACUAGCGAGGGACGACCUACCGCUAUUUAGCCCUGACACUGAAGUCGAGACCCGCUUCCAUAUUCUCAAAUCAAGGGACGACGUGUGGCCCGAAGGGUGGCGGCAGCCCACCAUAAUCGUCUCCGCCAUACCUGGCCACGGCGUCGGCGACCAGCCGGCCCCAGACUUCACUCUACCACCACAGUGGCUCGACAGUCCGACCGGAGGCGUGGUGGUCGAAUUUGCCUACAAGACAUUACACACACCAUUGCUAGACCAGAGCCACCGAGAAGCCCACCGGGGCUGGGUGACGAUGGACGGCCUCGAUAUCCUGCCAGAGCAGGGGUUCGCCCAAUUCGAGCUCUUCACAGGCCGCCGAGCACCGAGGCGCUUCAUGAGGCGAGAAGUUUUCAGGGCUUACACUGAUGAGCAAGGCCGGCACCCUGCUCACCUCAGGCCUCGAAUAGAAAAUAUCGUAGAGCAGGAGCCAUGAGAUGGUCCGAAUUAUAUCCUGGUCCGCAGGCGGUCGUUGGGCAAACCCUGCCCACAACUACGAGGUCACAGGGACCUCUCUUUUACAGGAAUUUGGCUUUUCGCGAAACCCUUUCAGGGGUCGUCGACCAAGAAGAAGCUGUCUGGCAUGACAGCAUAAAGACACGGUUAAAUAUACCCGGGACAGGCACGUCAAUUGUACAUAUUGCGAGACGUGUAGGUAGGAAUCGGGCUACAAUCAAAUCAUCUAUAAUUAUUUACGCGAACACACAUUUGCACCCGAAGCGUUUGUACCGUUCCAUGGAAA